AUGGCAGCCGCAAGCAUAGCCCAAGGCCGACCGGCAGCGUCACCCGCUUCGACCUCGGUCACCUGGCACAUCCUCAACGCCGAGUCGAGCCACGACCUUACGCAGCCAGGCCGGCAGCAGCAAAGCCACAAGCAGCAGCCCGUGCUCAUCUCGUCCCCCCUCUGGCAAAAGCUCGCAUCCGCUGCCCCCGCAUCUUCGGCUGGCCGCCCGGAUGAGCCCACGCCGUCCAUCGCCAUCUCGAUUGCAUCCGCCGGUCGAAGCCGCUCAAGGCUCGGCUCAGCACCUGCGCUUCCAGCCCUCACGUGCUGGGCGCAGCAAGAUGCUGACUCCACGCAAGGGCAGGAACACCACGCCAAGCUCCCCGCUGAGGUCGCCAAUGCCCUAGGCCUGGGCCGCCUCUCGGCCCGCAGCAGAGAGAACCACCGUCUCGCCAUCCAGCGCCAUGCGCCCAUCGACCUGUCCGUUGCCUACCUGGCGGCCACCUCCGAGUCUGGCUUCGACCUGGCAAACGCCUCCCAGGAUGCCGUCGUCGGUCAGCUCGACGGCCGCAUCCUCCAUCAGGGCGAUCUGCUGCGCCUCCGCCUCGACAGCGCUUUUCUCUCGCUCCGCGUCGUCAUGACUGAGCCCGUGCUUCAGGGCCGCUUCGAUGCUCGGUCUACCCAGGUCCUCGUCACGUUGGACGACGACGACGACAGCCUCGACGCCGACGGGGCCGCCAAUGGUGACCUUACCAUAUCCUCGACGUCCGACCUGGCCACUACGACUGCCUCUUCCGACAUGGCAGACGCCGACGACGACGACAGCGACGCUCUCUCCAUAGACGAGUCCUAUCUCGCCCAGUCCAUACUGCAGGAUUUCACCUCUGAUGCCGCAGAGGCCUUCCUCUCAUCGCCUCUUGGGCUGGUAUCGCACCAGCAGCAGGUCGCCGGCAGACCCUCACCUCGCAAAUCCGACGUGUCCGCCAAGAAGAAGAAGGUGUGCCGCGUUCGCGAGCUGUCGGAUCACGGCAUCUUGCAAGGCGCCAUCGCCGAGUACCGGAAGCACGCCCAGGUCGGUGACGGCCGCGACGGCGGCGAGGUCGACGAGAUCGACGAUGAGGACGCCGUCGUCCUUAGCGAGAGGGACCUAGCGGCCAUCGGUGCCUUCAACGGCGACUGGGCCAUUGCAGAACUGGUCGGGCCCGACCAGGCCAGGCUCGUGCGCCUGUUCAGCGGCGCAAACCUGCCCCAUGCAUCCGGCGGCUCCUCGGCGCGCACGCCGUCAGCCUGGAUGUCUCCGAUGCUGCGCCAGAACCUCUCCGACUCGGCCUUCAGCCCAUCCCCAGCCGGCCAGACCACCAUGACCCUGCGACCGCUCGGGGCACGAGCGCCCAGUAGCGGAGGCGAGCCGCGGCCUCCUGUGGCCAAGACGAGCCCGAUACCUGUCCCCUUUGCGGAUAGCCUCACCAUUGCGCGGGUGGCGAGCCCCUUCAGCGUCGACCGAGCCUAUCAGGGCCUCUUCUUGGAGGCGCUGAGGACGUACUUCGAAGGACGGCAGCGGAUCUGCAAGCAGGGCGACGUCAUUGCGGUCGCCAUCGAGGCUGGCAAGGCGCGCUUCGUGCGCAAAGAGGGGGACCAGGCAGCCGCCUCGGAUGCGGCCAUGGAGGACAUUCACGAACUCAGGCUGCCUGGCACCGCUGCGCCGCAGAAGACGGCCGUCGUGCACUUCAAAAUUACCACGCUCACCAGCGAGCUCAUCGUUCCGGCCAAGCCCUCGACGGCCAAUGGCCAUGGCGGCAAGCAUGAGGACGAGGCUUCGAUCGCGCUCCGGUCGCAGGCGGGCAAGCUGGGAUGCGUGGUGGACCCCAACGUGACCAAGAUGGUGCAGACUGGCGUGGAGAAGUGCCGAGUGGCCGACUCUGCCCGCUGGCUCGGCGUCGUCUCCGACACACCAGACCGGCCCGAGGACUCGGCCGAGGCAUCCGACGACAUCAGCCCGGCCUCCGUACGGUCUGCUCCCUCGCCGCUCACCGCCGUUGGAAGCGCCUACGCCACCGUUCUCGAGCUGCUCAACGCGACGCUGCAGCCAGGGGCGGGCCGGUUCGGGCUGCACCUCUCGGUGCUGCUCAAGGGUGCCCGGGGCUGCGGCAAGCGGACCGUCGCGCGCUGGGUCGCUCAGGCCACCGGAGUUCAGCUGAUCGAGAUCGACUGCUUCGACCUGGUGUCGGACACCGAUGCGAGGACCGAGGGCACGCUGCGGGCCAGGUUUGACAAGGCGGCCGACUGCGCACCUGCCAUUCUGCUGCUGCGCAACAUCGACGCUCUGGCGCGAAAGAGCCAGGCGCUGGAAACGGGCCAGGAGCCUGCCAUGGCCACGGUCCUGCAGAAGUGUGUCGAGGAGCUCCGCGCCGCGACCUCGGGCUUGCCUGCCAAGAACGACGCUGGCGGCGAUGGGGCGGCUGUGGCGAGUCCGUCACCUGCGAUGCCCGUCGCAGUGUUCGGCACCACGAGCGACCCGGACAAGUGCCCGACGGGGGUGCUGGGAUGCUUCAAGCACGAGAUCGCCUUCCAGGCUCCGAACGAGGCGGAGCGACUGCAGAUGCUGCAGAUUGCCCUCGACCGGGUGGCGCUGAGCCCGGACGUCGACCUCAAGAACCUUGCCACGCAGACGGCUGCCCUGGUCGCUGCCGACCUGGUCAACCUUGUCUCGCGCGCCAAGCUGGCCUCGGUCUCUCGCAUCCGCAAGGAGAUCGGCGAUCGCCACGAUGUGCGCGACGUCGACCUCGUCCUCUCGGGCGUGGUUCUGACGGGGUCCGACUUUGAGCAGGCUCUCAACAAGGCGCGGUCGAGCUACAGCGAGAGCAUCGGCGCUCCCAAGAUCCCUAACGUCACCUGGGACGACGUUGGGGGCCUGGCGAGCGUCAAGAGCGACAUCCUCGACACGAUCCAGCUCCCCCUCGAGCACCCUGAGCUCUUCAGCGACGGCCUCAAGAAGCGCAGCGGCAUCCUCCUCUACGGUCCGCCGGGAACGGGCAAGACGCUGCUGGCCAAGGCCGUGGCGACGUCGUGCUCGCUCAACUUUUUUUCCGUCAAAGGACCGGAGCUGCUCAACAUGUACAUCGGCGAGUCCGAGGCCAACGUUCGCCGCGUCUUCCAGCGGGCGAGGGAUGCCAAGCCUUGCGUCAUCUUCUUUGACGAGCUCGACUCGGUGGCGCCCAAGAGGGGCAAUCAGGGCGACUCGGGCGGCGUCAUGGACAGGAUCGUCAGCCAGCUGCUGGCCGAGCUGGAUGGCAUGGCCGGCAGUUCCGAGGGCACGGACGUGUUUGUCAUCGGCGCCACCAACCGACCGGAUCUGCUGGACCCGGCGCUGCUGCGUCCCGGAAGGUUCGAUCGGAUGCUCUACCUCUCGGUGUCCGAGACGCACGCUGCGCAGCUCAACAUCCUGCAGGCGCUGACGCGCAAGUUCAAGCUCGACUCGGACCUCGAUGACCUCGGGGUGAUUGCGGAGCAGUGUCCGUUCAACCUGACGGGCGCCGACUUUUACGCCCUGUGCUCGGAUGCGAUGCUCAAGGCCAUGACGCGCAAGGCGUCCGAGAUUGACGAGACGAUCGCCAAGAUCAAUGCGACGCCCGGCGCCAAGACGCACCCGCACCCGCUGACGCCGCAGUACUAUCUGGCCGAGAUGGCGACGCAGGACGAGAUCGAGGUCAAGGUGGGCCGGAGGGACUUUGAGGGCGCACUGAGGGAGCUCGUACCCAGCGUCAGCGAGCAGGAGAUGGCGCACUACCGGCAGGUCCAGGCCAAGUUUUCGGCACCCAAGAAGGAGGACGAGAUGGACGGGUCAGACUUGGCAAAGAGGGUGGGCGGCGACGUCCAGGGACCGACGCUGGUGCUGCCGCAGGAAAAGGAGAGGGAGAGGAGGCUGUCGACGCCAUCUCCGUCGUCGCCGCAGCAGCAGCACCAGGGCGGCAAGCCGAGCAGUCCCAGCAGGCUGCCGGUCAGGAAGCCUAGCGCGGCCACCCCAGCGAAUGGCAGCGGAGCCAGCGGGGCCAGCGGGGCCAACGGGGUCAAUGGUAGCGGCCAGAGCGACGAGGCAACGUCGGGCCGUAACUCGAGGCUCGGAACGAGAGAGGGCGACGCAUCUCCCUCGCCCGGCGGCAAGGGCAAGGGAAAGGCCAAGGCGAGCGAUGAAGACGCGGCAGCCGAGGCACGGACCAGGGCCAAGGGAAAGGGCAGGGCGCAAUGA